UCAAAAGAGUUCUCCAGGUCUCUUGGCUACCUUUCACCUUUCCACUUUACUCCUUCGCCUCUGACAGUCUGACAGACAAGGAUCACUGUUUUGCUUCGUGAGGCCCAACACGCUAUCCAAAUUAUUUGACUGACUGUCUGAGAGAGCGUGUAGCUUGAUUAAACUUUCCAAAAUGCUUCGAGGCUGUGGUACCCGUUUUUUGAGGAAUUUGAACAAUUUCUCCGGAGCCUAUAGCCAGCAGUGUCGUCAUAUGCAACUCAAGACAGAAUAUGAUGCAGUGGUCAUUGGGGCAGAAAUAUGGCCUGAAAAUAUAUUUCCGUAACCCAAGUUCAUACACACCUUUGGCAGAACCAAGUGGUCUUGAUGGAAAGGCUCGAUCUUUAACACUUGGCAGAGACUCACAAGAAAAUGCAAGGCAGAUAUCACAGUUUUCAAAAACAGAUGCGGAGAGAUUUGUUGAGUAUGAAGAGCAGCUGGAGAGAAUUGUCUCUGCUCUUGACCCUCUGCUUGACAGCCCUCCAGUGUCCAUGUCUGCUCUUACCGGUUCUUCUCUGAGAGAGAAAUGGAGCAGCCUUGGGUCUGUGAAAGCUUUACUUUCAUCGGUACGAUCACUUGGAAAAGAUGUCCCUGCAUUUUAUGAAUUAAUGACUGCUCCAGCCCAGAAGAUUUUAGACAGGUGGUUUGAAUCAGAGCCGCUGAAGGCAACCCUUGCCACAGACUCCGUCAUUGGGGCCAUGGCGAGUCCCCAGCAUCCUGGCAGUGGGUAUGUUCUUCUGCAUCAUGUGAUGGGAGAGUUGGAUGGAAUGAAAGGAGCAUGGGCUUACGUGGAGGGAGGAAUGGGCGGUGUUUCCAAAGCAAUUGCUAACUGUGCCCAAGAUCAUGGUGCUUCUAUAUUUUGUGACAAGCCUGUUUCAUAUGUAGAUGUGGAAAACAACAAAGUGAGAGGUGUUGUUCUGGCAGAUGGAACAGAGAUUAAAACAAGUACUGUGCUGUCUAAUGCCACUGCCAAGGUGACCUACCUGGAUCUUUUGCCCAAGGGUUCCCUACCUAAGGAAACAGUGGAGGAAGUUUCUCACUUAGACUACACGUCUCCAGUGACCAAGAUCAAUGUUGCUGUUGACAGGAUCCCUAACUUCAAAGCUGAUCCAAAUGUGAAAGAGAAUGAACCUAUGCCUCAUCAUCAAUGUACCAUCCAUCUGAACUGUGAAGAUAGUCAGCUGAUUCAUGAUGCAUAUCUUGAUGCUCAGCAAGGAAAAAUUACCAAAACGCCCAUGAUUGAGAUGGUGAUUCCGUCCACCUUAGACCCUACUUUGUGUGCACCCGGGAAGCAUGUUGUCCUGCUGUUCACCCAGUUCACUCCAUACAAGCUGGCCCAGGGAGAGUGGGAUGAUGCUAAUAGAAACAAGUACGCUGACGUUGUCUUUGAUACAAUUGAGAGAUAUGCCCCUGGAUUCAAAGACUCUGUCAUUGGAAGAGAUAUUUUGACCCCUCCAGACCUGGAAAAAACAUUUGGGCUCACGGGAGGUAACAUUUUCCAUGGCUCCAUGUCCCUGGAUCAGCUGUACUUCUCUCGACCUACUCCUGGCCUGGCCAGCUACAAGUGCCCUGUGUCUGGUUUGUAUCUCUGUGGCAGCGGUUCGCAUCCUGGCGGAGGUGUGAUGGGAGCUCCAGGAAGACUUGCUGCUAGUACUGCUUUGGCUGACUUGUAAUGUGCCCUGAGUAGGGCAGAUCAUUGUUUCACUGCUUUUACUCACAACUGCCUGCUGAUGCAUCGAGUUGAUUUAGGGGCAGUCUGGAAAUGUCCAAAUAGUGGACAAAAACAUGUCUAACUGUUGAUUAUUUUUUAGGGUUUUUGUUUUGUAAUUAUCUGCCACACCUUCUUUUUCAGGGUAUAAGUGGGUUUUUAGACAAUCUGUAUUUUCAAGUCUUAAUUUGAAUUGAUGUAUUUCAUUUCCUUUUUUGGCAUAUUUACUACUCUUUAUGAUUUAUAUUUACCUACAGUACUUGGGUGUUGACAUAUCGAUUUAUACAAUUAGACAUGGACAACUCAAACAUUUCAGGGAAUGACAAAUGUGUGCGACACAUCGGUAAUGCGAGUAGCGCAAUUUAAAAAAAGAGAGAGAUAUAAAGAAAAUCAAGGGCAGUAACGGUGGCGGUACAAUGGUCAGAAAAUGAAUGACCGUUGUGAAGAAAGAUUUGAUUGAGUUAUCCUGGACGAGUUGUUCGACAAAUCAGUACAGUAGAACAUGGCUGUAGCGAGGCUUUUAGCUUCAGAAGAAGAAUCCCGCUGCAGGCAAGUUCCGGCUCGAAAUGCAAAGGGGAAUUAUAGAAAAAUCACACACCACUCGCUCUCCUCUUCUUUUACUGUCUUUUUGGUCUGGCCUAGGGCUAUUUAACUUCACUUUUGGAGUGGCUCACGUAAUGCGUCUCUCCGCACCAUCUCUCUCUGCUGCCUGCCCCCCCUCAUUCAUCACUGGACUGGCCAAUCACAGUGCUACACCACUGACUGCCUGUAUGGAGCCCACCUACAGCCUCUCACCCCCCACCCCUUUCCCCCCAGCUAGAGCUCGCUCGAUUUCUCCUGCUGUAUCCAAGUUCGGGCUUUUCCUUGCCCCAUUUAACCCAUGCACAGUUAAUUGAGUUUACAUAGACAAAAAAAACAGUAAUGUCCCGCUGUAGUAGGGAUGGUCCGGCUGCAGUGGGUGCCACUUUUGUCAUGUUCUACUGUACGAGUGUUUGAGAGAACAGUAUUGCCAAUGCAAAGAAAAUAUAGUGGUUCAGUCAGGGAAUGGCAUAUGGUAUGAGCUAUCCAUAAUUUUGAGUUUGAAGUGUUUGUGGUAUCUGUGCCCAAUUAUACCUGGUUUAAAUAAAAGGGAUGAAGGGCGGAUAGUGCGUGUGUAUCAUUCGGUGUCAAAGUAGUAAAAGAAAGGAAGAGAGUAAUGCUGAUGAGCCUUGCACCGUAAAAAAAAAUUGCUCUUACAUCAGAUCCCUAUUAUUAUGGUGAUGUAAGGAAUACGACUGGUCAGUUCACACCACCCACCAACCACAUACAACACACAUAUACGAACAAAAACACGAACAUAAUUCAGCACCUAACAAUGUGGCAUCUCUAACUUGGUGGGUAGGCUAUUUUACUUGCUACUGUAAGGUUGCUGGUUUUUUGGGGGUUAGAGCGUCAGCGCGGCAAACGUUGUGUCCUUAGUUAAGGCCCUUUACACUCAUUUUUCCAUUUGGCUCAGUUUUAUCGGAGAUGGACAUUAAAUUUGGAGGUCCCACUUCUUAAAUUUAAACAACCUUAUCGAGAAUGAGGAAGAAGAAGAAAAUCGAGAAAGAGGAAGAAACAACCUUACUUAAAAGUCUGUCUUUGAUCGCAUCCUGCCACCUAACCUUUCUAAUUUGUUUUUAUUUUGUGCCCUUCAAAAAUACUGAAGUGAAAUCCUCUACAUUAAUUUUUUCUUUUGUUAAAUACAAGUACCAACAGUCUUAUACGGUGGAGUCCACUAAAACUGAGCAUGGUUAAUCAGUAAACUUUGGUAAACUGAAUGAAAAUGAAACCUCCGAUUAUUUUUCCUUCUAUAGUGCAGCUUCUCUAUAACGACCUUCGAUAUAACGACAUUCUCUAUAACAACAUGGUGCCCAGGUCCCGAUUUUUUCCUUUAAAAAAAAAAAAUAUAUAUAUAUAUAUAUAUAUAUUAUAUUAGUAAUUUUUGGUUGCCUCUCUAUAACCGCAACUCUCCAUAACGACAUAUUUUUCUGAUCCCGAUGAUGUCGUUGUAGAGAGGCUGCACUGUAUUUGAGCAACCUCUCCCAAAAACCCAACAAAAUCGAAGAAAAUCCCAUGGUCAAGCUGAUGUCGGUUUUGCGGACUCUACUGUAUAUCAAGAUAAUUUUUAACUGAAUUGUUUUACAGUUACAUGUACUUACAUUCCUUGUCUUUGCUGUGAUAUACAUAUAAACCAAAAAUUUGCUCAUGAAAGCCAGAACUUGGCCCCUGUUGAAAUCCAAUAAAGUAUGUUGUUUUAGUUUGAGCCCAUGAUA